AUGAAGGUUGCAGUAAGCUUACUACUGCUAACAUGUUAUUGUUCUGAAGCUAAUAUUAUGCGGAUGCGUCGUCCCCGUAAACCACGAAGUGGAUUUCUGAUGAUAGAUAAUGUAAGGACCUUAGCGACAUCAACAACAGAGCCAAAAACGGAUUCUGAUGUGAAGAAUAAAGCUCCAAGACAUGUGAAUGAAGAGAAACAGGAGUACUUAGCUAUGAAAGAAGAUUCUAAUGAGAACAUUGGGAUGCAAGAACCAGAAAUCGCACGAAGACCGAUAGACAGGCAGGAAAAGUAUUGGCAUGAGCUAAAUGAAAAAGAAGGUGACAAAUGGAAAAUCAUUGAACCAGUACAUGAAGGAAAUGGAAUCAGCUACAAUAUUUUCAUGCACUUCGAUUUCAACAAAGAUUUGGAAAAAUCAAAGAUUUUUCUGAAGGAAAUGCUCGGGAAUAUUUUGAAGCGAAGAGAUCAGGAGGAUGGGUCGAGUGCGGGCGGCUCAGGCGAUGACUCAGAUCCAGAUGUAGAGUUAACUGAUGAGGAUCGACGCACACUUCGCCAUCCCUGUUCCACUCAUCAUGAGCGUCUCGUAAAGAGGUUUGAAAGAGCAGGUUGCACAGGAGUGAGUGAUUUUUCCAGUACAGUAUGCAGAGAUUUUUUUGAAUGUGUGUUGAAAACAGACGCGUCAAUAAGUAGGUGCGAUCCAAAGAUAUGCGAGAACUUCAACGUAAUAAGAAAGAAGAAAAAGUGCUAUGUUAAACUGUUUCCAUGUUAA